AUGGAACCCAAUAUCAACAACAAAGACCAUGAACAGAGAGAAGACGAAGAAGAAGACCAAUAUGGGGUUCUUCUAUACUACAAAUACACCCAAAUUCCAGACCUCGACGAGCUCUUCACCUUCUACCACUCCAACUGCAACUCUCUCUCUCUCCUCGGCCGCGUUCGAAUCUCUCCGCUUGGCGUCAACGUCACCGUUGGGGGGAAGUUGUCUGCACUGAAGAAGCACAUUGCUGCGGUUGAGUCGAAUAGUUUGUUCCAAGGAACCGACUUCAAGCUGGCGGCUUGUGGUUGCCCAUUGAAUGACAAGGUUGCUGAAGAAUGCGGGUUCACUUCUCUCUCAAUUCGCAUUGUCAAGGAAUUGGUUACUCUUAGCUCUAAUCCUCUGCUAAAAUCACCAGUGUUUUCAGAUGCUGGAAAGCAUCUCUCUGCAGACGAGUUUCAUUCCAUGCUACAGAGAGCUGGACAACUAGACAAAGAGAGCACAGAGCGCGAUAGAGAACUUGUUCUGUUGGAUGCAAGGAAUUUGUACGAGACAAGAAUUGGGAAGUUCCACACACCAGAUGUGGAAACUUUGGAUCCAGGCAUUAGGCAGUAUAGUGAUCUGCCCUCAUGGAUUGAUGAUAACUCUGAUCAGUUGCAAGGGAAAAAUGUUCUCAUGUAUUGUACUGGAGGAAUCAGGUGCGAAAUGGCAUCAGCCUAUAUUAGAUCAAAAGGUGCUGGAUAUGAGAACGUAUUUCAGUUAUUUGGUGGAAUACAGCGUUAUUUGGAACAGUUUCCAGAUGGUGGGUUUUUCAGAGGAAAGAACUUUGUUUUUGAUCACCGGAUUUCAGUUGCGAGUUCAGAUGCAAAUAUUUUGGGAACCUGUCUUCUCUGUGGUGUGUCAUUUGAUGAUUAUUCUUCACGCCUCCGUUGCAGUUAUUGUAGAAUGCUUGUCUUAGUUUGUGAUAGUUGCCAGAGGAAGGGCUCUGUAUAUGUCUGUGAGCUUUGCAAGAAUCAUCACAAGGGUGUUGAGUUGGUUUCUUCCUCUGAAAAUGGAAGAUUAAGUUCAAUACCACAAGAAAUUGAGCGUGAAACUGUCUCUUCAGAUGCUAAGCCCUCGCCUCAGCUGCCUUGGAGACAGGCCGUUGGGUCUCCUCCAAGAAAACUCAGAAUCUUGUGCUUACAUGGGUUUCGACAGAAUGCCUCAAGUUUUAAAGGAAGAACGGCAUCCUUAGCCAAGAAACUCAAAAACAUUGCUGAGUUCGUGUUUGUGGAUGCACCUCAUGAAUUACCAUUCAUAUACCAACCCUCAACUGUCACAGAGUCGCAUCAGAAUUGUACAUCACCGCCUUCAUCACUACUACAACAAAGUCCACCACCGCCCUCGGAGCACUGCAGGAAAAAGUUUGCGUGGUUCGUAGCACCUGAUUUCAGAGGAAAGAGUGAGAGUGAAAGCGACAACCCGGACAGGGAGUGGAAAAUGGGAGAUGGUCCAUUUGAUCCUCUGCAGUACCAGCAGCAAACAGCUGGGUUUGAAGAAUCACUGGCAUACAUCAAAACUGUGUAUGCUCAGGAGGGGCCCUUUGAUGGACUGUUGGGAUUUUCUCAGGGAGCAGCAAUGGCAGCUGCAUUAGUUUGUGCCCAACAAACCCAAAGGAGACUUUUACAAACUGGGGAAAUGGAGUUUGGAUUUGUGAUUUUGUGCUCGGGGUUUGGCCUUAUGAAGUUAAUUGAGGCUGAGGAGGAGAAAAUUCAGAUGCUGAAAUGCCCUUCGCUUCACAUAUUUGGCAGUGACCAUGGAAAAGACAGGCAGAUUGCAAAUCAAGCAAGCAGGAAGCUUGCCUCCUUAUUUGAUGAGGGCUGCUCUGUUACCAUUGAACACGACUCUGGUCAUAUCAUUCCCACUCGUCCUCCUUACAUUGAUCAGGUCAAGGACUUUCUCGGCCGCUUUCUUUAA